AUGAAUAGUAAAAUGCACUUCGAAAGGGUUGGUUUAAAUUCAUUCAUGAUUUAUGUGAAUCUAAUAUGGGAAGCACGUUUUCACAGUUUAGAAGAAUACAUCACUGAAGUUGAAAAUUAUUUCCAAUUCAUAGAUGCCGAACGUCAAAUGAUGUCUAGAACUGAAGAAUGGAAAAGCGACAUUAAAUCACCGAUUCAUCACAAUGUACAACAUCAAUUGAAACCAGUAAAACGACGUGUGUAUUUAGCUACUGAUGAACCUAGUUUAUUCGAUGAAGCCAGAUUGAAAUAUCCUAAUUAUACAUUUUAUGGUGAUCGUAGACGUGCUGAUUCAGCUGCUAUCUCCAACCGAUUAAAUAAUGAUUCUAUUAUCGGCAUAGUCACUGACAUAUUAUUGCUAUCAAAAACCAAUUUUCUAGUUUGUACUUUUACUUCUAAUGUUUGUCGAUUAGCUUACGAAUUGAUGCAAUCUAAUCAUUUAGAAUUCGGUGAUGCAAGUCAACAAUUUCGUUCAUUAGAUGAUGUGUAUCAUUUUGUUGGACAACAACUUGCACCAUAUGAGGUAGUAAUAUCAAAUAUUGAAACCGAUUUAUCUCGUGGUGAUUUAGUUCAAUUUCUUGGUAAUCAUUGGAAUGGUUAUGCAGACGUUGAAAAAUUGAAUACCGGUCGCAAAGUCAUGGCACCAGCAUUUAAAUUUACUUCAAGGUUGAUGAGUGCUCCUAUGAUCGGUGCACAUACAAAUCGAUCUGAAUUUGUUCUUGAUAAUAAUAAAUAA